GUUACUAGUCCAACGCUCUAACCACUAGGCCCCCGGUUGACUUAGAUCUAAUUAACACCUGUAUUUGGAACUAAGAAAGUGAACACAUACUUGAUUGUUCAAAGAUGAUCACGUACAUAAGUGCAUUCAUAGGACAAAUGCUUGAGCCGACUGACAUUUUUAGAUAAUUUGCAUCUCUUCUCUGAAUGGAACCCUCUGAUCUCAUAGAAUUCUGGUUUCCCGGGGAACAAGGAAACAAAGUAUUUGAAGCAUGCAACAUUUUAGUACUUCAAGAGCUCAUAACAGAACUGUAGACGGGGGAAAUUCAAUGGACUUUGUUGUGAAGAAGAUUGAAGGUACAUUUACAGCUAAGUAAUCAAUCUGAUAGUUGAACAUUUAUUUGUACAGUGAACAAUCUGAGCUCAUGUUGGCUUGUCAUUUAUUUGGUACUGAAUACACAUGAACCAUGCUCUCAAUUGCAGCAAUACUCUCGCAUCUCUCAAUAAAACAUUUAUUAUUAUUUUCUUCUCUGUUCUGAUGUAGCCUUGCUUAUUUAAAUGUGUUACACUUCAAAUGAUAUUUUUUUGCUUUUUAUUGUGGCCACUGUGUGUUUCAGUAAUAUGUCUUUACAUCCUUCUCUGUCUGACUAGAGUUGGAUAUAUCCAGGUAUCACACGAAGGGCCACUGUAGGAAGCUUGGCUCGCCAAAGAAUGAUACCACAGAUGAUCUUCCUGAUAACACUAGGACUGCAGAGAGAGCCUCAAUGAGAUGGCCACCCUCCCUCACGGUUUUGAGGACAGCAGAGCCACACGUACGACAGACGCAGUCCAUCCCCACUCACCCUCCCUGCACCCCCCUGAAGCACACCCCACCCGGCCCUUACGGACAUGGAUAUCCACCACAUCCACCUCAGCCUUCAGCCAAGGAGCGGUCCAAGUCGGUGGAGCCCAGAUACGAGCCCCGCCACCUGGACUUUAACUUCCUGCGCAGAGCCUCUGCCAUGGAGCAGGUAGAGGGGGAGCUCCAGUACCGGUGUGCUGGGUGCCUGUUGCUCUAUCCCAGCCUGGCCGUGCUGCAGAACCACAUCGGCCUCAGCUGGAUGGAGGGCUUCAGCUGCCGCGUCUUCUACAGGAAGCUGAGGGAGAUCUGCAACAGGAACGAAACCAAGAAGCUCCACGAGAGGGUCCAAACAAGUAGUGUCGCUGAGAAGCAGCUGAGGCCACCAACGUGCGGGGCAGUGCUGGGCCUUGCUAGAGGGGGUAGGAGUGGAGGGCAGACAGGGCUGAAGCAGGGAGAUCCUCCUGGAGCUGCAGGAAGGAAGGACCAGGGGGCACCCAGCCACAGGUUGACUCUGGAGUCGGUGGAGACCAUAAGAAGGAACACAGCCGUUCACAAGUGGCUGAAUGAGAUUGAAUGUUACCCCUUCCCUGAUGUCACCCAGUCACCAGAGAGAGCAUAAAAACAUCCCUCUUUUUGAUUCAACAGUUUCACUGAAUGAGAAAGACUAUUGGCACUGAAUUAAAGACUAUUGGCAUUGAAUUAAAAACUAUUGGCAUUACAUUUCUCAGUGUAAAGGUGUCAUUGCUGUCCUUAGAGGAUUUGCUCUGGGAUGGUGGGACUGGUUUGUGUUAUUCACAGGCAGAUAAGUUGCUGUCUGUGUUCACACACGUGUGAAUUAAAAUACCAUCAC